AUGGACGCCAGCAAUGGGAAUCAUUCAAACAAUGCCAACAAGCCAGUGAAAUGUAACCAAAAUGUGCAGGUUUACGUUCGUGUUCGACCAGUGAACAGCCGGGAGCGGCUGAUCCGUUCGAUGGAGGUAGUGGAGGUAGUUUCAACCCGUGAGCUGCACCUAAAGUCGAGCUACACUGAUUCACGAACGUCCAAAAAGUUCACCUUUGAUCGUACCUUUGCACCGAACUCGAAACAGCAUGAGGUGUACCAGGGAGUGGUGGCACCGUACAUCGAGGAGGUACUGUCGGGAUUUAACUGCACUGUGUUCGCUUACGGCCAAACCGGUACAGGCAAAACCUUCACAAUGGUCGGUGAGGAAGAGCCGGAACUGAGUGCGGCCUGGGAAGAUGAUACGCAGAUUGGCAUCAUUCCACGGGCGGUGAAUCAUCUGUUCGACGAGCUGCGGAUGACGGAGUUGGAGUUUUCGAUGCGUAUAUCUUACCUCGAGCUGUACAAUGAAGAACUUUGCGAUCUUCUUUCAAAGGACGAUACCGUUAAGAUACGGAUCUUUGAUGAUGUGCAAAAGAAAGGUUCGGUGAUCGUGCAGGGUCUCGAGGAGAUCCCGGUACACAGUAAGGAUGACGUUUACAAGCUGCUAGCGAAAGGUCAGGAACGUCGCAAAACCGCCUCCACACUGAUGAACGCUCAAUCGUCCCGAUCGCACACAAUCUUCUCGAUCAUCGUGCACAUAAAGGAGAAUGGUAUUGAUGGGGAGGAAAUGUUAAAAAUUGGUAAACUGAAUCUUGUCGAUUUGGCCGGCAGUGAGAACAUCUCGAAAGCGGGCAACGAGAAAGGUAUACGGACGCGCGAAUCGGUAAACAUUAACCAAUCGCUGCUGACACUCGGUCGCGUAAUAACGGCACUGGUAGAGAAAACGCCUCACAUCCCGUACCGUGAGUCGAAGCUUACGCGCUUGCUGCAGGAAUCACUCGGCGGGCGUACAAAAACAUCGAUCAUUGCAACCGUAUCACCCGGUAACAAAGAUUUUGAAGAAACACUUAGCACACUAGAGUACGCGCAUCGUGCUAAAAACAUUCAAAACAAACCGGAAGCGAACCAGAAAUUGUCGAAAAAGACGGUCAUUAAGGAGUACACGGAGGAGAUCGAUCGGCUGAAGCGCGAUCUAAUGGCAGCACGGGACAAGAACGGUAUCUACCUGGCUGAGGAUACGUACAACGAGAUGGUUUACAAAUCGGAAGCGGCCACAAAAGAGUUGAACGAUAAAUCGGCCCUAAUCAAGGCGCUCAAGGAGGAUCUGGCGAAGAAGGAAUCAAUCUUCAAGGAGGUAGCUUGUAGUUUGGCCGAACGCGAGGAAGAGCUACGCCGUACAGCGAACGAUUUGGGACAAACACGUACCGAGCUAUCGAACACGAAGCGCAGUCUUUCGAAAACCAAGCGAAGAUACGUGGAGAAGAAAGUGAUAUUGCAGCACCAUUUGCGAACGGAAGAAAUGCUUACCGGGCAGGCGAAGGAGUUGAUCAGCGUGGUAGAAACAGUGACGGAAGAUACGAACGGUUUGCAUGAUACAGUUGAGCGUCGUCGGGAGAUUGAUAAUAAAAACAAAAGCGCUUCGGAGCAGUUUGUCGAUCGCGUGCGUGAUCGCAUUCGUACAAUACAGGAUGAUGUGGGCAAAAUGGCAGAGGAAUGCAAUCGGCUAACAGUGACCAUGAACGUUGGAUGGGAAAGCUACAGCCAGCAGCAAGAACAAUUGCACAACGAAACCAAGGCACAGCUUACGGCGCUAGAAACCAUGAACCAAAACCUGCUGCAACAGAACGCUACACUCGUAGAAGCAUUCAAAGCGACACUGGAGGAAAACAUGAACGUAGGGCGAGAUGACAUUGUUCGCUUUCUUGCCCAAAUAGAACAAUCCCGUGGCGUGCUGAUGCAAUCGUUUACCGGUACGAUAGAAAAGCUAAUGCUCGGCAUCCAGCGCACCCUGGACACGCAGCUCGAGCAGACGCGCAAACAGUUCGAUCGUAUGAUCGUGCACGGCCAAACGCGUGACACGAAAUGUGCCGAAUUUUGUCAAACAUUUACCGGGCAGCUGGCCGAUCUCGAAGCGAUAACGGCCACCUUCGAAAGCCAUCACACACGUCUGCAGGAUUAUGUGAAACAAUCGAACGACGAGCAACAAAAAGAGCUGGAAGCGGCGAAAGAAUUUGAGCAAAACUUAAAGUCGUUAUUGGAACAGCAAGUGAAUGGAGUGCAGCGACUUAUGCAGCAAAUGACCGCAUCCAAGCGUCAGCAAUCACAGCUUACACAGAUCGUGGUUGGAGUUUCGGACGAGUUGAUCAACCAAGGAAGGCAAGCUGCCGGACAAUUGCAGGCGAUUCGUGGAUCGAUUGAAGAAAAGACGAAAACGGUACAAGAAUCCACCAUGGAAAGGGACCGGCAUGUGGCGGAAUGUGAUGCAUUGGUACAACAACACCAAUCUGCGGUAAAGCAAGAGCUUGCAGCUGUGGACCUUUCGAUUGUCGAUGCAAAUAGUCAAACGAUCGUCAAUGCACUUGAGGAACAGCGUGCUCGACUGUCAGCCGCGCAGGAAGAAACACAAGCUAAGCUGCAUGAAUUCACCCAAAGCUUUGAAGCACAAAAUGAUCGGUACGGACAUGCCCAGGAGGAAGGUAUUGGCCUUGUGGUGGGUGGCUUACAAGCACAGCAACAUGUAAGACAACAGUAUGGCAGCACUUCCAGUGAUCAUACGCAACGCAUCGGACAAACGAUAGAAUCAUACGAACGGCGAACGAAGGACGAACAGCUGCACGAACUUCAGUGCGAGUUCGAACGAUUCCAUGCGAACGAUCUAACUUUCUACCAACCGACGGGUAAAACACCGAUCCGCAAGAAGGUUAAUUACCCGCGGGAAAUUGCCAUGGCUUCGCCCGAUGAGCGCAUACUUAGACGUUUUUGGCGCGAACGCGGUAUGGUGGAAUUAGAUCUUUCUACAACAAUUUGUGAGGACAUGGAAGAGAUGCAUCCGCUUGAUAGAAGUGAUACAGUGAAAGUGCACGAAAUAAGAAACUCGACCCCAUUGAUGCAACGGUCAAGUACGACGAAUCUGGACGAAGAUAGGCAACAUUUUAAAGAGCUGCAGAUUUCCAACAUUGCUUCAAAGAUCAAUUCCGUGCAAAUGCUUGAAGAAAGUGUGGAAGAAAACAAAGAGAACGGUGGCGACAUUGUGGAUCGUUUGUGCACGGAAAAGGGUCCAAUUAUCAUUUCACCGUAG